AUGUCGUCGUCUUUGCGAAACGCGAUCAAGCGCACGACGCACAAAGAGCGCUCGCAACCCGCGGACAGAACGAGACUCGGUUUACUCGAGAAACACAAAGAUUACGUUUUGCGAGCGAAAGAUUUCCACAAGAAGGAAGACGCGAUAAAAGUGCUGAAACGAAAAGCGGCGGAGAGAAAUCCGGACGAGUUUUAUUUCGCCAUGGAGAAGAAAAAGACCCGAGACGGCGUGCACGAGGAAAGGACGACGGAACAGAAUAAGUACACCGAAGAGGAGCUGAAAUUGAUGAAAACGCAAGACUUGAGAUACGUGUCGUUGAAAGCGCAAACAGAGUUGAAACGAGUUCAGAAGAUGAAGGAAACGUUGCACUGUUUAGGCGCCGGGAUCGAGGAGAGGAAACACACGAUAUUCGUGGACGAAUACUCGGAAGCGAAGACGUUUAAGCCGGAGACGUAUUUCGACACGCCGAGAGAGUUGAUCGGUAGAGCGUUUAACCGACCGAAAAAUAGCCAAUUGGAAGACGCGGAUCAACUCGUCGGCGUCGGCGCGAACGAAAUCGACUACGACGAAGAAGAGUUACGGAAACAGCAGGAGAGACGACUGAAGAAAGUGGCCAAGCUAAACCGAGGCGCGUAUAAGAUGUUGAACGAACACGAAGAGAGAGCGGAACAGUUGAAAUCGAUGACGGUCAAAAUGGCGCUGCAAAAAGAGAUUUCGCACGGGAAAGGCGUGAAGAAGAAAAUCACGAAGAAGAAUAAAGACGGCACGGUGGAGUCGUAUUUCGUGUGGAAACAGAUUCGAAAGAGAUGA